AUGGUCGCCUCUGUGAAGCUCUGGCCCAUGCUGGUUGCCGUGACCCUCUGUGUGCUGUUCUGCUUGGGGGCGCUGGUGGAGGCCUACCCCCCCAAACCAGAGAACCCCGGAGACGACGCCUCCCCGGAAGAAAUGGCCAAAUACUUCUCCGCCCUGCGGCAUUACAUUAACCUAGUGACAAGGCAGCGGUACGGGAAGAGAUCCAGCCCAGAGGCCCUGAUGUCCGAGCUGAUCUUCGGGGACAGCAGCGACCACACUGGCAGAUCGCGGUACGAGGACUCCUACCUAUGGUGA